AUGCCAAAUGUUGACUUUUUACCCAUUAUGUCGGAGGAACUUGGUAACAAUGCCACGAGCAAACAACCUUUCAUCUGCCCAGUCACUGAGACGAUAGAAUAUAAUACAGGACCAGCCCCACUCCCAGUUCAUCGUGAAGCACAGCGUGCGCGGAACUGGCUCAACCCUUUACUCCUAAGGUUCAUCUGUCAGGGUACACCGAGCAAGGAUGUGGAAUGGAACGUUCCUGUAAGCGUUGAUACAGAGCAGAUAUGUGCUGUCUGUAAGGCCAAGGAUGAAUUAACGGGAUGGGUCGUCGAUUGUCCUGAAGCCGAUCACUUCCGGAUACUGCACAGUAUAUUUUAUCGGAUGACAGAAAGAACUGGAAGUAACGAUGCAUCUCAAACCGGACCACGUUUACAUCUCUCAACUUGCUCAUGCAUGAAUACUCAAUGUCAAAAACAGGGGGUGAGAUGCUGGUGCGGUGUGUAUGUUAAUCGGUGGGUGAUGGAGGAACUGGGUCCAUUGUGUACAGUGGUGCGUCUUGAGAAAGGGACAAGAUGGGGGUGA